UUCGUUGGCUUUUCUGUUAUGGUUUUGAACUGAUCGUCUGGCAGUCUGAAGAAGGUAGGUCAGUCGUAUGUUCGUUAUUGGUCUUGACACAGCACCUCCAGAGUCGCGUUCGCAGCGGAAUGGAUCUAAAAGAGUUCGAAGCGUAUCGGUCUCCCAUGAAGGACUUCUAUCGGGGUAAAAUAGUGUUUCUUACUGGCGGGACUGGCUUUCUGGGGAAGUUGUACAUCGAGAAGUUCAUACGAUGUGGUGUUUCGGAGAUCCUUCUGCUUUCAAGAGCGAAAAAGGGUAAAACUCCUAUGGAACGGUUGACUACGAUUCUCAGCUCAGAGCCAGUUUUCACGAGGUACCAGGAGGAUCCAGAGUUAUACCAUCAGAAAAUCAAGAUUAUAGACGGAGAUGUGAGCAAACAUCAGUUGGCGAUCAGCAAUGACGAUAUGUCCUACAUAAUCAACAGUGCUAACAUCUUUCUCCACGCUGCAGCCGAUGUGCGGUUUGAUGAAUCGUUGAAGGAAUCGGUUGAAACCAACAUUCGAGGCACCAGUGAGAUAUUGAAGAUCGCUGAGCAAGCGAAAGCUCUGGACGUCUUCAUCUACGUGUCGACGGCCUUCUCGCAGUGCAACCGAGAUUGCAUCGAGGAGACGUUCUACCCGGCCAAGUUCGAUCCGUACAAGUUGAUCGAGUUGGUUGAGAAUCAGACAGAUGAAGUCAGUUUUGAGGUAAUGGGAAAGAAGAUCAUCGAACAGUGGCCAAAUACGUACGCGUUUACCAAGUCACUGGCGGAGGAGGUGGUUCGGCGCUAUACGGACAAAAUACCCGUAGCAGUGAUUCGGCCUUCGAUUGUGACCACAACCAACAGUGACCCGAUACCCGGUUGGACGGACAACAUCUACGGUUUCAACGGAGUGGUGGUCGGUGCAGCAACGGGAACUCUACGGAUUUUCCACAUCAACAAUGACUACCGGGCGGAUAUAGUACCGGCGGAUAUGGUCAUCAACGGUACUCUGGCAGUGGCGUGGUACGCAGCCAGUCAUCGUGGGGAAGACAAUAUCGUCAACUGUACGGUUGCUGAUCAUCCACUCACAUGGGGAAUGGUUCGGGACGAACAGCUCAAAUGGCAAAAUAAGAUCCCCUUCCUCGGAGGUCUAUGGAUAACCACCUACAACACAACCACGAACUAUUACAUUUCGGAGUUUCUGAAGAUCUUCUACCACAUCAUACCGGCUAUACUAUUCGAUCUGGCCCUGAGGUUGAACAGCCAGAAGCCUCGGGUGCUCAAGCUGUACCGAAAAGUGCACAAGUUUUCGGACGUCCUACGGUUCUUCACGAACAACGAGUGGAAUUUCCGGAACGAAAAGUUCCACAAAGUCAUCAGUCACAUGACGGAAGAGGAUCGGAAGUUUUUCCCGUGCGAAAUUGACAAAAUCGAAUGGAAGGAGUUCCUGGCGCAGAACAUUAUGGGACUGCGGAUGUACAUAAUGAAGGAAAAGUGGGACAACCUGGAGCAGGCCAAGAAACAGUACAACCGACGGUGCAUGGCUCACAGAGCGAUUCUGGUGAUUUGGUACUUCCUGGUGGCUUACGUGGUGUACAAUUUGCUGGACUUUGUCGGACUGAUGGAUGUGGCUAAGGGUUGGUAUGCGGACUACAGAAAGUGAGCUUGUUUAACCAUUAUUGUGAAUUGAUAUGUGAUUAGCCAUCUAAAUAUACGAUUGUCAAGUUCUUUGUUGAUGAUUAACCUGGGCUUGUUAGGGG